AUGUCCCUCCCGGUUGAGCACAUCAGUAUCAAGUACGACGAUGAAAAAGACCGAAUCAAGGACUUUUUGUCAAAAUUCAAAGGGACCCCAGGAAAAGACCUUGAACAAGACUUCGCUAAUAUCGGCAUUGAGGAUGAACAAGAUGACGCAGACGCAGAGACACGGUCUCUGAAGUAUAUGAAUCAACUGCAACAAAUUGCCAAUCGCGACCAGCAAAUGCUCGUCAUCGACCUUGAAGAUAUCCUGACACACGAACACACUGCAUCUGAACUUGUGUCCCGCAUUCGAAAUAACACGAGGCGAUAUGUCACCCUCUUCAGUGAAGUCGUCGACAAACUCAUGCCACAACCGACCAAGGAUAUCAGUGAUCAAGAUGAAGUCAUUGAUGUUAUUUUGCACCAGAGGCGUGAGCGUAACGAGCAAAUGGAAGGCUCUCAAGACAUGUUCCCAGAACAUCUGCUUCGAAGAUACAACUUGUACUUCAAACCACUGGCAUCUGACCUACCAAUAGCUGUUCGCGAAGUGAAAGGCGCCUCUUUAGGCCGAUUGAUCACGGUACGAGGGAUUGUGACGCGUGUAUCCGAGGUCAAGCCUCUUUUGCAAGUGAACGCGUAUACUUGCGAUAGCUGCGGGUCCGAAACAUUCCAAGAUAUCUCCAACAAGACCUUCACCCCCAUUUUCGAUUGCCAAAAUGAAAAUGAGUGUAAAAAAAAUGGCAUUCGUGGAUCAUUACACAUGCAGACAAGAGCCUGUCGCUUUAGUCCAUUCCAGGAAGUUAAAAUUCAGGAAAUGGCAAAUCAAGUCCCUGUGGGUCAUAUACCCAGAUCAAUGACAGUCCACGUUAAUGGCAACCUCACCCGUCUCAUGAACCCGGGAGAUAUUGUACACUUAGGAGGCAUCUUCCUUCCUAUCCCGUACACCGGUUUCCAGGCCAUCCGCGCAGGUCUCUUGACAGACACCUACCUCGAAGCUCAUCAUGUUUAUCAGCUUAAAAAACAAUACGCCGAGAUGGAAAUUACCCCAGAAAUGGAACGCAAAAUUGCUGACCUCCGACGUGAUCCAAACCUAUACGCAACUUUAUCGCAAAGUAUCGCCCCUGAAAUAUAUGGUCACGACGAUGUCAAGAAAGCCCUUCUUCUAUUGCUUGUAGGAGGUGUCACUAAAGUUACAGGAGAUGGCAUGAAAAUUCGUGGCGACAUCAACAUCUGCUUAAUGGGUGACCCCGGUGUGGCCAAAUCCCAGUUGCUCAAAUACAUCUCCAAGAUUGCUCCUCGAGGUGUUUAUACCACUGGAAAAGGUUCUUCAGGUGUUGGUCUGACAGCAGCCGUCAUGCGCGACCCCGUAACGGACGAGAUGGUGUUGGAGGGAGGAGCCCUUGUGUUAGCGGACAACGGUAUCUGUUGCAUCGAUGAAUUCGACAAAAUGGAGGAGGCAGACCGAACAGCUAUUCAUGAGGUUAUGGAACAACAAACAAUAUCCAUAAACAAAGCAGGCAUUUCGACAACCCUCAAUGCCAGGACGUCAAUUCUAGCGGCAGCUAAUCCUUUGUAUGGACGAUACAACCCAAAGAUAUCUCCAGUCGAAAAUAUCAAUCUUCCUGCUGCCUUGCUGUCCAGAUUCGAUCUUCUGUUCUUGAUCUUAGACAAGCCAACGAGAGAUGGAGACGAGCGACUUGCUGAGCAUGUCACUUAUGUACACAUGCACAAUAGACACCCUGAACUUGAGUUCGAGGUGAUUGAACCUAAUGUCAUGAGACACUACAUUGCUCUUGCACGACAACGACGACCUACCGUUCCUAGAGAGGUUUCCAGCUAUGUUGUUGACUCCUACGUCCGCCUUCGCAAGAUGUCCAAGGACGAAGAGCUACAGAACAAGUCCCACACAUAUACAUCUGCUCGUACACUCCUUGGCAUAUUGCGUCUUGCACAAGCUCUCGCUCGUCUCCGGUGGGCAGAUGUUGUUGAGCAUGCCGAUGUGGAUGAAGCUCUUCGGUUAAUGGAGUGCAGCAAAGAAAGUCUCGUGGAUGAGGAUGACCGCGAUAUCGACAUCGACAGGUCUCCGAUCAGUCGACUCUUCCGAUUGAUUAAGGAUAUGACUGGACUCUCUGAAUCUUCAGGGGGCCGAGCGAAACGCCAAAAGAGACUUGGAAAAGGUCCUGGAGGCGAGCGUGACAUGGAUGUGGAUUCUGAAGAAGAGGAUGGUCGCGUUUUAUCCUUGGUUGACAUUCGUGCAAGAGCAUUGAGUUCAGGUUACACUGAGGCUCAAUUGAUGGAAACAAUCACUUCGUAUGAGGAUCUUGGUAUCUGGAUUCGAGUCGCAGGAGGAAACAAGCUCCAAUUCAUCUGA